GCUGGAUUUUUUGAAUUAGUUGCGUGUGGUAGCUUGUUGACAUCAGUACCGGGUACCGGAUGCGGAUGCGGAUACGUGCGUGGCCCGCAAAUCUCUCGCCAAAUCUCGACAAGUCCUGACUUGACGCGCGACCCGCAGUUCAUAGUUUAGAGUUCAGCUGUUCAGCGGCUGGUGUGUGACAUCCCCAACUGACUUUUUUUUGUCAUCACUCUGUUCUGUCCAGCUGUGUUCUGUUUUUUUUUUAUAUUGGUCCGGAAUCACGUGUGUGUUGUUUUGAGUGCGAGUUUUAGUUGCCAGCAAUUGCCGCUGCCAGUUUGCAAUUAAAGACCAGCCGCAUGCAAAUGGCAAAUGUGAGGGGCUGAGGCGCUGAGGGACCAGCUGAAGGACUAACCGAGGGAUAACCGAGGGAUAACCGAGGCAUAACCAGAGGCAAAAUAUUAAAUACUGAAUGCCAGCUGCCAAGGGAAAGGCAGUUGCAGUUCAGCCCGCCUGUUGCCGUCGCCUGUCAGCAUUUUGCUAGAGUCACAAUCCCAGUCGCAGUCACAGUUGCCAUCACCAUCGCCAUCAGUUCCACCAGCACCAGCACCAGCCCAGUCUCCCUCAGGUGUCCUGAGCGACCAUCCAGCCACUUUGAGCGUGAACAGUUAUUGGCAUGCCACGCCCCCGCCCCCGCCAGGCGUAGCAAAAGGGGCUGGAACAGGAGCAGGAACAGGAGCAGGAGCAGGAACCGGAAGAAGAAGCGUAAAUAAAUAUGAUAAAGCUUAAGAAUAUAUAAUAAAGGAGCGAGCGGCAGAGGAGGGAAAGUUUAAAUGAAAUAACGCAAUAUAAAAACAUAAAUAACUAAGGGAAGUGCCGAGCAAGAAGGAGGAGCAGCGCACCGAGGAGCCCAAAAAAGUAGGCAACAAAAGCUGAGGCUGCGGAGCAGUUGAGCAGUUGAAAAUCUGCGCAGGCUGGCUGGCGGUGAGACAUCCAUUUGGCCCCCCCAAGAGCAGGGAAGAGCUAGCCCAGGAUAAGCAGCGCUAGCAGAAGGAGCAGGAGGAGUGGCGGAGCGGAGGAGGAGGAGAGGAGGAGCGGAGCAACAGCAGCCGGACAAGAGAGAAUAGAGCUCAAUUACGCCGCCAAACUGUCGUGUCAGCAACAACGUGAAAUGUGCAAUUCCUGGCUGGUGCUCAUAAUUGCGCUCUCCGUUGUCGUCUGCCUGUGGAACUCGCAACAAACCGAAACAUCCAAAUCAUGCCCAGCCGAGUGCAUCUGCUUGUCCCAGACUCAAGUGCUGUGUAACACCGGCGGCCUCGAGCAGAUCCCGCUGCGCCAGCUGCCGGCGACGGUGGAGAACCUGGCGCUGACCAAGAACAACUUCCCGAUCAUCAAGCCGGACUCGUUCGCCGGGCUGCGGGCGCUGAAGAAGCUCUCGCUGGACGGGAACAACAUCACGCGGAUCAAGCAGUUCGCCUUCCGCGGACUGCCGCGCCUCAAGGAGCUCUCGAUCCAGUACACGCCGCUGCAGAUGGUGGCCCAGUUCGCGUUCGCCGGGCUGCAGAACCUGUCGACCAUCCUGCUGAGCCACAACCAGAUCCAGCGGAUCGAGGGCAACGCCUUCGCGGGCACCUCGAACAUCAAGCUGAUCCUGCUGACCAACAAUCCGUUGAUCCGCAUCGACAGCUCGGCCUUCUCCAGCCUGACCAACGUGGGCCACCUGAUCCUGCCCUCGGGCAUCCGCAGCAUCGAGCAGGACGCCUUCUUCGGCAUGGACACGGUGGGUCUGCUCAAGCUGGCCUACAUGGACCUCAAGGAGGUGGCGCCCUUCACCUUCCGCGGCCUGUCGAAUGUCCUGCUGCUCACGUUGCAGGAGUCGGAUCUCGGGGUGAUUUGUGCGGACGCCUUCACCGGACUCACCCAGGUGGAGACGCUGCAGAUCCUGAACAACAAGAUCGACUCGAUCGAGGAGCUGAACUUCACCAGCACGGCGGCCAUAAAGCACCUCAAGUUCUUUGGAAACCACGUGCUAGAGACUCCCGAUCCCAACUCAAUCAUCGUCGACGGCGUGGAGCACCUGCAGCUGGUGAGCAACCACUUCCCCUGCGGCUGCCACAUUCACACCCUGCUCGACGGCCCGCUGGCCGAGGGCGCCCACAACCUGACCGACUUUCUGCAGAAGAACUACUGCAUCUCGCCGCUGGAGGUCAACGGUCGGGUGAUGAGCGAGCUGGACAUCGACUCCAUCGGCCGCUGUUCCGACCAGCUGACCAAGGGUAAUCUGGGCAGCUCAGCGGCCUCGCUGGCCCUCGGAAUCAACUCGAUGCUGCUUAUCGCGGUCGCCAGUUGUGCGGAGUGGCGUCACGUCCGGCUGCUGGCCAACCGGCUGGCCCAGCUCCUAGGUCACGUGGCCUGGCGACGGCGCCGGAAAAGGCGAAAGGGCAAUUAGGCGGAGGUGUCCUACACAGAAUACCGGAGAGAACUGCAGACUUCAGCUCGAGAUCCUGGAGGCAGAAGUCGCUUCCCCUGAACUCCCGAUGAUUCCGAUCGCCGACUCCGCCAGGGUAUCUGUCAUCCAUUAUACACCAUAUACAUGUAUGUAGUAUGUGGUGUUUAUGUAGCUGCAACGUAGAGUAAAAAGCUGCAGAUUGCCAAAUGUAAAACUCUGCAGUUUUGCUAUCAUCAUGCGAAAUCUAGGAGUCUGAUGCCGUUGAUGUCGCUCCAACUUCCCUUCUUGCCAUUUGCCAUUUGCCAUUUACCCCGUUCGCCGUUCCCCGUUCCCCGUUCGCCAU